AUGAUGAUGUCGGACAUUGCUAGAGACAGAGCAGCUCGUUCCUGGAAGAAAAGGGGGAGUGUGUCUUCGCUAAGUAGCCACGAGUUCCAGAGGAGGGAAAUUCAUGGGCACACCAAAGACUCAGUGAGUACCGUGUCUUACAUGGACGAACCUAGCCAGCGUGAUGAUGUCUCUCGCCUUACGGUUCAGAUGGAAAACACCUAUCAGUUGGGUCCUCCCAAACAUUUUCCUGUGGUCACUGUCAAUCAUAUUUUGAAAGAUGUCUUAACUAACUAUCUGCAAGAAGAAAAAUAUGAACCAGAGCUCUGCAGACAGAUGACUAAAACGAUUGCCGAGGUUAUUAAAGCCCAGGUCAAGGACUUGGUGAUUCCACGGUACAAACUAAUUGUGAUUGUUCACAUUGGACAACUGAAUAGUCAGAGCAUACUUAUUGGAAGCAGAUGCCUCUGGGAUCCUAAAAGUGAUACCUUUUCAUCUUAUGUGUUCAGAAAUUCUUCUCUCUUUGCUCUUGCAGAUGUCUAUGCAGUUUACCUUGAGUGAUUGAAAAUAAGAAAUCUAGUUCUUACUUUUUAAUAUCAUGAAACAGGCUGUAUCUCUGUACACAAAAUUUUUACUGCCAAAAACUUUGAGAAAGAAACACACUAAUAUUUCAAACAAACUGAAGCUUUUGAACUUUUUUUAUACUCUUGUAAGGAUUGGGGGAGGGGAGG